GUAGCGGGCCAAUGACGAAAGCGGGCUGUGAGGUGGUGCUCCCCGAAACAUGGCUCUUGUCUUCGGCUAACAGGGUGAAUGCAACCGGGGAUGGGAGCCGUUUCACACUCUAAAACGGUGUUUUAUUUAUCCGGAGCUCCUUCAUUUGGACGUUAAUAUUCACCGAGGUCACUAGGCGCUGUUUUACAUUAAAAGAAGAUGGCGGAGUUCUCUCCGGUGUUACCGAUGCGGGAUGGAGGAGGAGGGCGAAUCGGGCAGCCUAUCUUCCCUCGAUCGAGGUCCGGUUCCGAGUCAGAGAGUGAACUGUCCCAGAGCUUGGCUCGGACUAAAAUACGUUCUUAUGGAAGCACAGCUAGCGUCACGGCAUCUCUGGGGGAGAAAUACAUAGAGCAUCGGGUUACAGACAGCGAUACCCUGCAGGGGAUUGCCCUUAAAUAUGGUGUAACGAUGGAGCAAAUCAAGAGAGCCAACAAACUGUUCAGCAACGACUGCAUCUUUCUCAAGAGCAGCCUCAACAUCCCCGUGGCGACGCAGAAGCGCUCCAUUUUUAACGGACUGUCUCUAGAGUCUCCUGACGGGGACGGCGAGGCGGCGUGCCAGGAGACGGAGGCACCUUGUGUUGUGUUGCAGCAGGAUGUCGAGGGACCUUCGCCGUCGCCUUCGCCGCCGCCUGAAGACUCCAAAGCCCCCCGGCCUCAAGCAGAGGAGCUCUCAGCCAAAGACUUCUUACACAGACUGGACAUGCAAAUCAAACAGUCAAAGCAGGCAGCACGCAGGCUGAAAGAAGAGGAAGUAAGGAGCGGUGAGGGGAACUACACGGCACCCACCACGUCAUACCAGGAAAUCUAAAGAAGCGAUCUGUUAAGCUGACACCUUGCUUGUUUACCUUCUUGCUUGUGGAGCAAAUGCGUUAUGUCUGCCUUUUAUUUAUUAUCAGUAUGCAAACGUGUAUGAUUGUUUUUGUACAGCUGCAGUGGGAAACCGACAGCAUCAUGGAGCUUAUGAAAUACUAGACAUCUAUUUAUACGCAGCUGUAUAGACCACCCCCUGCUGCUUACACACUCGUCAGUAUUUAACCACCACAACACACCAAGUGGAUGGACUACUCCCUUUUAACUGGUUCCGUUUUCCUCGUAAAAGCAUUUAUUUUUCUUUGAGAACAGAAGGGAUGUCUCGUUUUUUUGGAGUGUGAAAGCAUUAUUUAUGUGUGUCUUUAGGAGCUGGUUUUUAUCGUGCUUCUUAAUUCAUUUUAUUUAGGUAGAAUAAAUAUUUAAACCCGGUGUCCUCAUGUGGGUGGUACUUAUUAUCAUUACUACUCUAUAUUAAGCACACUUGCAAAUAAAAGGCAAUGUUUUAAUUGCUUUCACACUUUAGGAAAACAAUCACAUAUUUACAUUUAAAAAUACCUCAUCUUGUUUCUACCGAAAUGGAAAAUGCUCAAUUUACAGACGUGGUGAGGAAUGAUUGACAGACUGCCCCCUUGCGGCCCUCCGAGUUAUUACAGUCGAGUAGAAUUCACUACAAUGUAUCAAUACACAUAUAUUUUUGGUAAAAUGAAAAGCAGGAAUACGAUAAGAUCUUACACAUUCACCAUAAACAGGAAAUUGAGCUAAGUCUGGUUACAAAUGAUGGUACAAUUUGAUAUAUACUGUAUAUAUAUAUAUAUGUCAUUUAAAAAUAUCAUGGAAAUGACAGGGAUUAUUUGCAAAUCUUGCCGUGCAAACUGAAAUCAUUUUACUGCCUUGUUAAUAGUUUUAUUAAAUCCUAUCCCCUCGAUAUGAUUGUAGCCUGUAUGGGAGUGUAAACACGUGUUGUGAAUACACGUGACCAUGCCAUGGUGAACAAGUGAGAGAGAGAAAUCAAGGUUGUCUUUUAGUAUGAGAUUCAGUCCUAGAGGAUGGAGGAUGACGUCACAGGCUGCUGUAGAUUCUCUUGAUGGUGUCGCCCUCGUCCCUGGCGAUGAUGCCUUUCUCAAUGUAAGAGUCCACCUGCUGGUCCAUGAAGUCCUUCAGUUUGGACAGGUCAUAGUCUGCCACAACAAAGAGCUUGUGUGAACUUAUUUGGCUACAUGAGAAGGGUGAAAUAUUAGUAACACCUCUCAGUGUGAUGCAUUGCAAUUGUGCAUCACAGCAACUUACCAAAAUAAACCACAACAAGUCAUCGGAAGAGAUAUCCUAUGCUAUUCUAGCUAAAAAAGAUUCAUACCCUGACUGUAUUAAACAGAUUUUUAAAACAUUCUGACAAAAAGCUCCACGUCCAAAAUGCCCCCAGAGAAUAUGCAGUCGCCCCUAGCCACUUUGCGUUUCGACUUUCGCAGCUUCAUGCCGUUUCGCGGUUGAAUACGGCCUAUCAUUAGUCAUAAUAUAUGCAUAUUUGAACUAAUCUUACAUAUUUUUUUGCCUAAAUUAAGCAUUUUCAAGCAUAAAAAAGGCUAAAUUAAACAACAAUACCUUUUUAAGGUAUUCAAAAGACAUAUUCAAAGACCUUGAAGUAGUAUACUACACUGGUCACUAGGUGUCAGUAAUGCUCGGGUCUGGAACCAAUUUACCGCGAUAAACAAGAGAUUACUGUAACGCAGUUGGGAUCUCACCAACUCCCUCCAGUUAAAUCCUGAAGCAUAUUGUGUUGAGUUUUCUGCUUACCCCAGACUGUUCACUCUCUCUUGAAACACAAUUAAAGUUAGAUCAGCAGGUCUGACAAAUGUUUUCUUUAUUUUUUCUCAAGCUGCCCAGCUGCCCCUGACGUUUUCGCCUUUGCUGUGAAAACCUCUGCUCUAGAUUAUGCAAGAAGUUUCCUUUAGAAUUCUGGAAAAGAUUCCAUUCAGAUCAAGUGUUGUUAAAAUGUAAAAAAAGGUGCCUGGUGUAAAAAAAAAAAACCUUGAAGUCCUCCCUGAACGGUGCCUGCAUAAAUAUAAACUUAUAAUUAGGGAAUUUACAACAGCCAUUGACCGGGCAAGUCCCAAAGGUCUACUGGUCGAUUGCGAUCAACUGCUUGGUGACCCCUGCUGUCCAUAAUGUCUUACAUUUUACAAUACUUUGGUUGGUACCAGCUCACAGCGAUUACAUUUACCUGAAUACAUGUCUUAGUAGCAGGCACUUGCUGACACGACACAUUUAUAAGGGUACCUCUACUGUAUGUUGUAUUCAACUGGUCUUGUAUCUCAUGAUAUCGCACAGGUGGCCAAUGAUGUACCAUACUGUCAUUCAGGGAGAAGAUGAUAAAGUCACGGUGGUUUGUGGAAGAGAUCAGACAUCAAGACACCCAAACAAGACAACAUAAUCUGUGCUGCGGCUCUAUUAAAGCGGAUUGAGGUCGUGUGGUAGAAGAAAACCAAAGCAAGUAAACCUGAAGCAAGUUGUUAUGCUUUAAAACAAAACCACACAUCAAUUUCUAGUCGUACAAUAUCUUCAUCUUUGUAUGUUUACGUUCUCCUUAUUGACUCGACGCCCUUUAAUGCGGCCCCAUAAAGUCACACCAGGCUACGUUUAAAAAUGAGCUGCGUGUUAUCAGUCAUCAGAACAAACAAGUUUCAAACACCACUCGUUAAAUAACGUAGAGCACAGGUGUCAAACUCAAGGCCCGGGGGUCGGAUUUGGCCCGCCAUGUCAUUUUAUGUGGCCCGCGAAAGCCUUGAAAUAAUGCACGUCAAAAGGACACUUAUUUUAAUAUUUAAAAAAAUAUUUGUAUACAUAUUGUAAUUUUGUUAUUGAUUUUAAUCUUGUCUUUACUUUUUUAAGCUUUAUUUUUCAUUAUUUUACUUGUAUACUAUUGUAAAAUUAUAUU